AUGCUCGGCCUUCACGACGUUGGUAGCUGGCAGAAGUUCCUCCGUCGGCGCAAAAACUACAUCGAUUACAUGGCCGGGCUGUUGGUCCUCCUGAAUUCGUUCGUGAUGAUGUUGGAGCUAGAGAUUGAAGGUCGCGCAGUGGGAACUGCAGAAUUCGGUUUUACCAGCUCAGUGCCCGAUUUGGCUGUGCUUCAGCCGACCUUUCGAACAAUUGACGCCGUGUUUGUAUACAUAUUCCUUGGCGAACUGCUCAUACGCUUGACCAUCGAGCGCUUGCAGUUCUUCCACGACUUCGCCAACUGGUUCGAUUUGGUACUGGUCGUUGUCGGGGUGCUCGACUUGCUCGUGUUUGUGCCAUUGUCCGCAACGGGAGAGCCGCAGAACAUUGUGAUGAUGCGGCUUGUGCGAGUUGUCAAGUCACUGCGAGCCAUUCGUAUGGUUCGCACGCUGCGGCUUUUUCGCGGGUUGAACUUGCUAGUCAAAGCGUGCCAGUGUUUUUUGCCAUCACUGGGAUGGUCGAUGGUAUUGCUCGUUGUGUUCAUGUCAAUGGGCACGCUGGUCAUGGGCAACCUCCUGCGAGAUUUCAUUACUGAUCCCACUGCGAAUAUGGAUGACCGGCUUUGGAUAUACCAGCGUUACGGCACAGCGUAUUAUGCAAUGUACACAUUGUACGAAAUAACUUUUGCAGGCAAUUGGCCAACGAACGCACGGCCCGUACUGGAAAAGGUUAACCAAAGCUUCGUGAUCUUCUAUGUCUUGUACAUCACAAUUAUAGUGUUCGCUGUCAUCCGUGUGAUCUCCGCAACAUUUUUAAAAGACACAUUAGACGCAGCACAAAAUGAUGCGGAGAAUUUGGUGGUGGAGAGAUUGCGGAAGAAGGCGCAAUACGUCAAGAAAUUGGAGGAAGUGUUCAUGGCGAUCGACCAAUCAGGGGAUGGAAUGAUCUCAGAAGAUCGCCUGGCCAACAUUCUUUCAAACCCACAAGCUGUCGCUUAUUUCCAAACAUUGGAUGUUGACGUAACGGAAAGUGCGGCACUCUUCCAUCUCAUUGACAACGGAGAUGGUGAGGUGACGAUGGACGAAUUCAUUGAAGGCAUCAUGCGCUGCAAGGGCCCGGCGAGGGCCAUUGACCAGGUGGCGAUUCGUGCCAUGAUCCAACAACUGGACUCCAAAUUGAACCGACUGACCCAAAAGCUGGUAGAUACCGGCACGGCCGAUUUGUGA